GCUUCGGUCAUGUGACAGCCUUGGGCGUCAGGGGACGGAAGCGGUACUCGAACCCGGUCCUGGUCGGGGACUGUGGAUAGAAGAGGACCGUCACCGUGAGGGAGGGGUGGGACCCAGGUGCGGACUCCGCGCGCGACCGCCUGCCCUGCGCGUGCGCCGCUGGCGCGGCCCUGUUGACAGAUUAUUUAAUGGAGCAGCCAAUCUCUCUGCACACCUGGUUUCAUCUAAUAAUCUACAGAUACCAGCUCUGAGGCCAGUUAAUCAUUCCCAGUGUCCAGGCACGGAGUAGUCAGUCCUGCUCACAAUGGUGGACUUUCUAGCCGAGAACAACCUCUGCGGCCAAGCAAUCCUAAGGAUUGUUUCCUGUGGUAAUGCCAUCAUUGCUGAACUUUUGAGGCUCUCUGAGUUUAUUCCUGCUGUGUUCAGGUUAAAAGACAGAGCUGAUCAACAGAAAUAUGGAGAUAUCAUAUUUGAUUUCAGCUAUUUUAAGGGUCCAGAAUUAUGGGAAAGCAAACUGGACGCUAAACCAGAGCUACAGGAUUUAGAUGAAGAAUUUCGUGAAAACAACAUAGAAAUUGUGACCAGAUUUUAUUUAGCAUUUCAAAGUGUGCAUAAAUAUAUUGUAGACUUAAACAGAUAUCUAGAUGAUCUCAAUGAAGGGGUUUAUAUCCAGCAAACCUUAGAAACUGUGCUUCUCAAUGAAGAUGGAAAACAACUUCUGUGUGAAGCACUAUACUUAUAUGGAGUUAUGCUACUGGUCAUUGACCAAAAGAUUGAAGGAGAAGUCAGAGAGAGGAUGCUGGUUUCUUACUACCGAUACAGUGCUGCACGAUCUUCUGCUGAUUCAAAUAUGGAUGAUAUUUGUAAGCUGCUUCGAAGUACAGGUUAUUCUGGCCAACCAGGUGCCAAAAGACCACCCAAUUAUCCCGAGAGCUAUUUCCAGAGAGUGCCUAUCAACGAAUCCUUCAUCAGUAUGGUUAUUGGUCGACUGAGAUCUGAUGAUAUUUACAACCAGGUCUCAGCAUAUCCUUUGCCAGAGCAUCGCAGCACGGCCCUGGCAAACCAAGCUGCCAUGCUGUACGUGAUUCUCUACUUUGACCCUUCCAUUCUUCACACCCAUCCAGCAAAAAUGAGAGAGAUCGUGGAUAAAUACUUUCCAGAUAAUUGGGUAAUUAGUAUUUACAUGGGGAUCACAGUUAAUCUAGCAGAUGCUUGGGAACCUUACAAAGCUGCAAAAACUGCUUUAAACAAUACCUUGGACCUUUCAAAUGUCAGAGAACAGGCAAGCAGAUAUGCUACUGUCAGUGAAAGAGUGCAUGCUCAAGUGCAGCAAUUUCUAAAAGAAGGUUAUUUAAGGGAGGAGAUGGUUCUGGACAAUAUCCCAAGGCUUCUGAACUGCCUGAGAGAUUGUAAUGUUGCCAUCCGAUGGCUGAUGCUUCAUACAGCAGACUCAGCCUGUGACCCAAACAACAAACGCCUUCGUCAAAUCAAGGACCAGAUUCUAACAGACUCUCGGUACAAUCCCAGGAUCCUCUUCCAGUUGCUAUUGGAUACUGCACAGUUUGAGUUUAUACUCAAAGAGAUGUUCAAGCAAAUGCUUUCAGAAAAGCAAACCAAAUGGGAGCAUUACAAGAAAGAGGGUUCAGAGCGGAUGACUGAGCUUGCUGAUGUCUUUUCAGGAGUGAAACCCCUAACAAGAGUGGAGAAAAAUGAAAAUCUUCAAGCUUGGUUCAGAGAGAUCUCAAAACAAAUAUUGUCUUUGAAUUAUGAUGAUUCUACUGCUGCGGGCAGAAAAACUGUGCAACUGAUACAAGCUUUGGAGGAGGUUCAAGAAUUCCACCAGUUGGAAUCAAAUCUGCAAGUAUGUCAGUUUCUUGCCGAUACUCGAAAGUUUCUUCAUCAAAUGAUCAGAACUAUUAACAUUAAAGAAGAGGUUCUGAUCACAAUGCAGAUCGUAGGGGAUCUUUCUUUUGCUUGGCAGUUGAUUGACAGUUUCACAUCCAUCAUGCAAGAAAGCAUAAGGGUAAAUCCAUCCAUGGUUACUAAACUCAGAGCUACCUUCCUAAAGCUUGCCUCUGCGCUCGAUCUGCCCCUUCUUCGUAUUAAUCAGGCAAAUAGCCCUGAUCUGCUCAGCGUGUCGCAGUACUAUUCUGGAGAGUUGGUGUCCUAUGUGAGGAAAGUUUUGCAGAUCAUCCCAGAAAGCAUGUUUACAUCUCUUCUAAAGAUCAUAAAACUUCAGACUCACGAUAUUAUUGAAGUGCCUACCCGCCUGGACAAAGACAAGCUGAGGGACUAUGCCCAGUUGGGCCCACGAUAUGAGGUUGCCAAGCUUACUCAUGCUAUUUCCAUUUUUACUGAAGGCAUCUUAAUGAUGAAAACGACUUUGGUUGGCAUCAUCAAGGUGGAUCCAAAGCAGUUGCUGGAAGAUGGAAUAAGGAAGGAGCUUGUGAAGCGUGUUGCCUUUGCCCUGCAUAGGGGACUGAUAUUCAACCCUCGAGCCAAGCCAAGUGAACUGAUGCCCAAGCUGAAAGAGUUGGGAGCCACUAUGGAUGGAUUCCAUCGUUCUUUUGAAUACAUACAGGACUAUGUCAACAUUUAUGGUCUGAAGAUUUGGCAGGAAGAAGUGUCUCGUAUUAUAAAUUACAAUGUGGAGCAAGAGUGUAAUAACUUCCUAAGAACAAAGAUUCAAGAUUGGCAAAGCAUGUACCAGUCCACUCAUAUUCCAAUACCCAAGUUUACCCCUGUGGAUGAGUCUGUAACGUUUAUUGGUAGACUCUGCAGAGAAAUCCUGCGGAUCACAGACCCUAAAAUGACAUGUCACAUAGACCAGCUGAACACUUGGUAUGAUAUGAAAACUCAUCAGGAAGUGACCAGCAGCCGCCUCUUCUCAGAAAUCCAGACCACCUUGGGGACUUUUGGUCUGAAUGGCUUAGACAGGCUUCUGUGCUUUAUGAUUGUAAAAGAGUUACAGAAUUUCCUCAGUAUGUUCCAGAAAAUUAUCCUGAGAGACAGAACUGUUCAGGACACUUUAAAAACCCUCAUGAAUGCUGUCAGCCCCCUAAAAAGUAUUGUAGCAAAUUCAAAUAAAAUUUAUUUUUCUGCUAUUGCCAAAACACAGAAGAUUUGGACUGCGUACCUUGAAGCUAUAAUGAAGGUUGGGCAGAUGCAGAUUCUGAGACAACAGAUUGCCAAUGAAUUGAAUUAUUCUUGUCGGUUUGACUCUAAACAUCUGGCAGCUGCUCUGGAGAAUCUCAAUAAGGCUCUCCUAGCAGACAUUGAAGCCCACUAUCAGGACCCUUCGCUUCCUUAUCCCAAAGAAGACAACACACUUUUAUAUGAAAUCACAGCCUAUCUGGAGGCAGCUGGCAUUCACAACCCACUGAAUAAGAUAUACAUAACAACAAAGCGCUUGCCCUAUUUUCCAAUUGUCAACUUCCUAUUUUUGAUCGCUCAGUUGCCAAAACUUCAGUACACCAAAAAUUUAGGGAUGGUCUGCCGAAAACCAACCGACCCAGUCGACUGGCCACCGCUUGUCCUGGGACUGCUCACUCUGCUGAAGCAGUUCCAUUCCCGGUACACCGAGCAGUUCCUGGCGCUGAUCGGUCAGUUCAUCUGCUCCACGGUGGAGCAGUGUACAAGCCAGAAGAUACCUGAAAUACCUGCAGAUGUUGUGGGUGCCCUUCUGUUCCUGGAGGAUUAUGUUCGGUACACAAAGCUACCCAGGAGGGUUGCUGAAGCACAUGUGCCUAAUUUCAUUUUUGAUGAGUUCAGAACAGUACUGUAACUUUUUUCUACUUCUUCAAUGGAAGGAUUGUCCUUAGAUCUUCCCACCAUCGCUAAAACAAAUUUGAAAAUGAAAAGAAACUCAGUUGUUCAUAUAACUGUGUUUUUUGCCCUCCGUUAUCGGAAACGUCAGAUAUUCUCAGUAAGAUAUAUCUCAUGGCAUUAGUCAAUAUAACUGAUAUUGUUUAAAUCAUGAUAUUACAUGCAAUUUCUAUCAUGUAGAAGCAGAAUACAUUUUUGUACUGCCUCUCAUAAAUGCUGACUGUAACUGUUAUGUAUAAAUCCAUGUAGUUUUAUGUUCUAAAGAACUAUUUGUCCAACUCCAGAUUUUCAGUAAAAUCGUAUUACCAGUACCCAAAGUCAUCUCUGCUUAUGAUUCAAAAAUUGUAUAUUCACCCUGUAAAAAACCCUGUUUGGAAGGUAAGCGAUGAUUCUGCCAGUUACGAUAGCCCUCCCUCAACAAGCUGGCAGGUACGUGGUGAUAGCCAGACUAGCAGCAAAUGUAGUGGCCACAUAAUCUGUGUCAUGUACCAUGGAAGUUUCUUGGUGUCUCACCAUCCUCUUCCAAUCCCAGAUGACGUAGGAAGUUCACAGCAUUCCUUGUAUAGGACUUCCUAACAAAGCUGCUCCUUCCAGUAUCUUCCUCAGCAACCUGAGUCCUGCCCCAAAUCCCCAGGACUGUAUCAUUAUCUAUACGACUUUUUGGUAAUAGUCUUGCCAUAAGCUUAACUCCCUCGAAAUCCUAAAUCAUUUCUGCAUGAAAAUGACCCUGAAAAGGAAGCUGCCUCUAUCAGUCUGUUGUCACACUGCUAUGAAGGAAUAUGAGUGGGGACACAGAACCAAACCCCGUCACUGCCAUCCUACUGUGGCAGCUUGGAAAUCAACAACUUGGAUGAGAGCAAGAAAGAUGUUUCCACCCUGAAUCUCUAUGGUUAUGUCCUCCUCUGGAGAGAAAAGGAACAAACCAAACCAAACCUGGAAGCUAAAAUCUGUUUGACAGUCAUUUUGCUAGUGGGGAAAGAUGUGUUGAUUUGUGGCCAGGAGACAAAAUUUGAGUCCUGGUUCUGCCACAAGCUCCACCUUGUCGCAAGCCAGCCCAUUGGCAUCAUCUGUAAAAUUAAGACUAAAGGAUUUCUCAGGUUCCUUCAGUUUUCUCAUUUUAUGAUGUUACUUCUUUUGUCUAAAGGCCUCAAAUUCUGAUAUUGAAGGGAAGAAAAGACUUUAAGGCUUUGAUUAUUUCAUCAUAGUAGAGAGGAUUUUAAAGGAGUCUCAGUGGAGAACAAGGAAAGCCUCGAAUCCUGGCCACAAGGGCAUCAAACCAGGGCAGAAUUUUAAGUGAAAUGUUGCUUGGUAUGUAAGGAGCUUGGAAGUCUCACCCGCUGCAGAGCUGCUGUGUGGGAACAUCUGUAUCUCAAAGGCAUCUUACUAUUUUUCAUUUGUAAUCUUGUUAACAUCAACUCAUGAAGUGAGAUCUUUAGUACUCUAAAAAGAAAGUUAACUGCUAAAAAGGCCGGAUCUGGGAAAGUAAGUUUUUAACCAGAAAAUAGAAGUUUAGGGUCAGUUAGAUAGCAGUCUAAGGAAACCAAGCAAAUGGGCCCACCAUAUGCUCUGCCAAAACAAGGCCAUGAUGCUUGAAACUGAUUUUGCUAGUUAUUUGGCCAGUGAAGUAUUUUUCUCAACUGAAAGAACUUAAAAAUUGAAAUUUUUACUGUAAAAGCUUUAUAAAUUAUUUUAGCCCUGUUAGAAUUUCAAGUAGUAACUUACUUUGACAGGUUAUAUUUUACUGCUCUUUCAGGGGUAACAGUUUACUUUCAAGAUAUUUGGAGAUUUACUGAACUUUUGUGAUACCCUUUGAAUAUCCAGUCUCUUCAAAUUUACUAUAGAUAAACUCAGUCAAUUCUAACGGAUCUUAAGGUGUUAUGCCGGGUAUUACAAGUGCUUAUUCAUUCACUGACUGUUUCUUGAUGUCAUCCUGGCCUGGUUUAUUAAUGUUACACAGUGUAACUUACAAAGCCCUUAACUGCUUUUCCUGUCAGAAUCUGAUAUUUUCAGAACUCAGCAAAGAUCCUUUCUGUUCAAAUCUGAGUCACAGCCCCACAAUAAAACAAAUAGGUAAUUUUUUUUUU